AUGGACAGGAGAGACAGCGCGCAGAGUGACAUUCCGAGACGGUCCUCUGACGGCUCUGUCGCAUCGCAAGCCACGCCGCCAGCAUCCACAUCUCCGCUCCCGGCUUUCAAUCGCCCCGAACUAUUCCAUUCUCUUCGUCCCAUGGCCAGCACCGAAAGUUUGAACGGUUCUUUCACCAGCAAGCCUUGCACAACAUGCUCUGGUGAACCCGCACGCCGCCGCUGCUCUCGCUGCAAGGCCGCGUACUACUGCGACCGCAACUGCCAAAAGUCGGACUGGAAGACCCACCGCAACGUCUGCGAACCCAUCACGCAGACCUACUCCGCACCUGCUACACCCAACUUCUCCAACCCUGCCAGCCCAACCAAUGAGUCUUGA